AAAAAAAAAAAUAUAAGCAGAAUACUAAGUAACCAAGAAAUUAUAAACCAAAUUACAUACCCAAAUCCUAAAACUGCCGAAGAUAAUAAGGAGGGUAAUGAAGAAGAUGAUAGUAUAGAAUUACCCCAAGAUCUUAGUGAUGUAGCUUAUACAGAACAUAACACAGCUUUAUCAAAGUUGUUUAAGCUA